UCAGAAUGGAAGUUUAUGAGUUCAGCAAAACCUACGAAGAAAGAUACCAUGAAAUCCAGAGGGUUUUUCAUGGAGCUGGCAAGCCUCUUCCCACAUCGCGCGUUCGUGUUGAGUGGCUAAUUUUCCUGGAGAAAUUCUUUGAUGUAGCCGAAUGGCAAGGCCUGUGGAAAAUCCCACGAUAUCGCUGCGAAAGACUAAAUAUAAACUAUCCUUUCCAUCUUCCGGGAACUGUGACUUCUGUGGACUUUACCACGGGGAUUGCAGAAUUCGUCACAAAUGACGAUGAUUUUGAGGAUAGUGAGAUGUUUCAGAAGCAGUACAAAGUACCCAUUGAGCAGCUUUGGGUGGGAGUUGAGCAGAAAGAUCAGCAAUUCAAGGCUGAUGAAGCUGCUGAAGCUGCUGAUGCAUUUCGCUACUUCCUCACGUACAUUUGGCUUCCAUGGGACAUCGAAGAGGACGAUGGUCAGGAUUAUUUCAGCAAGUACGUCCUCAUGCGCCUCCAAAUGCUGUGUGACAUGAAAACUGGCAAGAUUCGACGUUCAACGGCUGCCCAUAUCAGAGAACUUCUCGUUGAGACGCAUCGUUUGAGUGAAAUCCGAGAGAUUGUCCAGGAAGAGGAGCCCAGCGAAGAAAUUCCCAAUAAGCUCGAUGUUCUAGUGAAAAUAAAUGCCCAGAUAAAUCUCUUGCGGAGCAAACUUGCAAUGCUUCAGGAUGGGAACCUGAGGGAAAUCUAUGAAGAUUCUCAUCUGGAAAUUCUCGAGAACUACAAGAGCGUCAUUGUCACAGAAUCCAACAAUAAACUGUCAGAGAUUCUCAAACUCGUAAGCAACAUCGAUUCCACGAGAUUCUGCUUCAGUCUCCAAAAAGCUCUGAUGACUUCCAACGCCAGUGACAAAAUUCACAUCGGUUCCGGGAAGCAUGUCAUCAGUUUCCGGGAAUACUUCAACAGCCAAGGUUCCAUCUGUGGAGUGAAGAGGCUGGAGAAUGUCCCACGAAUGACACUCAGCGACUGCAAAAAUACUCUGGUUCCAGUGAUUUGCUCAGAGCUCCAGGAUCACUUCCUGAUCAUCUGCAAUGGUGAAUUCACCUUUGAGAACAUCGUCUUUGACUGCACAAAUGUCAAGUACGGAUUUGUGUGUCAGGAUCAGGCUAAACUGACGCUGAAGAAUUGCGUGAUCCGAGGAAGUACAAAGCUCAGUGAGUGCGGAAUCGAUCUCAAGGGAAGUGGAUCUGUAACUCUCAACAAUUGCCUCAUUGUCGACUGUUUCUACGGAAUUGGCAUGAAAAGUGGGACAACAGUCGAUUUAAUCGCCACAGACAUUGUGAGAUGUGAAUAUGGGAUCUUCCUGGAGGAAGAUUGCGAUGUCACUCUUGAGGAUUCAAAUUUCAAGAGCUGCACAAAUUACGGAAUCUAUCUCGAGAGAUUCAAGAGCGACGUCGAGAUCGAGGAGAAGGAAUUCAAUGAGAUCAGUCAACUUCAAAGUCUCCCAGGAUUCCAGAUUACAGGCAAUUGUUCAGGAACUGCCCUGAUUGAGAUUGAGUCAAUGGAUGUCGAAGUGAUCGACGAUGGAGAUGAUUGAAAUACAUUCCUGUGAUUGCAUUCCAGCACGGCUACUAAAAUGGCACAACAAGUAAUAUUCAUCGUAUUUUAAAAUGUUCUCUAUCUUCAGUUAAUGUUUUACUAAUAAAAUUCCAAAAUAUAUUAAAUUUUCAAAAAACAAAA